CGGAGACAUCCAAGGAAACGUGAGGGGAUCAAAACAUCACAGACAUCAUCUCCUACUGCAGAUAAUACUGCUGUAAACCCAACUGAACUGACUGAAACAAGAGAGGCUGUGAGUGGCAAGAGGAGAUGAGAACUUAGUGGACAACGGCCAAUGGAUCAGAAUCAGAUGGAGGGAGGGUCAGCCUAUCAAACUGGAGCCAGAGGAGGGAAGAGGAGUGAAAGACUGUGCUCACGAGAGGAGAGGAAGAGGAGGAAGACGUCUGGGAUGGUGGAGGAAGGCCAGCAGAGGCACCCUGACAACUCAUCAUCGUCCAGUAUCUCCCACGAUGAUCGCAGUUCAGCGACCAGCGGCCUGGACGUGGCCGACCGCCUCACCUACCUGGAGCAGAGGAUGCAGAUGCAGGAAGAUGAAAUCCAGCUGUUGAAGAUGGCGUUGGCAGACGUCCUCAAGAGGCUGAACAUCUCAGAGGAGCACCAGGCAGCUGCAGCCUCUGCCAAGAGAGCACCGGGGGUCAAAGCCAGGCCAGUGUCUCUGGCUCUGCCCUCCAGACCAUCUAUGGUGACCUCCAGCACUGCUUCCCUGAAGAAGAGCUCCACACUGCCCUCUGGUGGCCCAUCCAGGAACUACAGCCCCACACCAUCACGGAGUGGUGUGAAGAGUCCAGCAGGCAGUGUGAAAGACAGUCCAUGUAAGGCUGCCAGAAUACGACCCAGCUCUGCAGCGUCGGCCUCUAAAAAGCCUCAGGAAGGCACCAAGUCCAAGGAGACCUCAGUAAAUCUAGGGACCAGACGUGUGACACACUGCAAAGUGACUAUGCAGAUCUAUCUGAGCCCCCUCGCAAGAAAGACUGGGUCUUCUGAGACCGCCAAAUCUCCAGCAGCGGUGCCUACCCACAGCAGGCCGACGGCUGCACCCACCAACCCCCAAGCGAAGGCGAGCAAUAAACCAGAGACGAGGAAAGCGACCCCGUCCUUCACACUAAACCUCCAGAAAACAACAACCAGCCAGAACACGCCACAGGAAACGUCCAGCUACAAAAGCCCCACCAAAUCCCCCAGCCAGUACUUCCAGAUUUGCUACUGAGGGACCUGAGGAGUUAUGUUCUUCUAAUCUUAAACACAGUUUCACUGAUUUCCACAGAUAGCAAUUAGCAAUCAUUUACUUGACUACUUUGGAUGGGGAAAAAAAACCCUAAAGGGAUUAUUUUAUCUCCCUGCCUUUGAGCGUUCUAAACUAGUAUGAGCCUCCCAAAUCAGAAAGCCUCAGAAAACAUAUAAAGAAUAUUUUAACAUGUGGAUGGUUGUGCCUCAUUAAACUGAAGGGAUGCCAUGGUUAUUUUCCGCUAUGUUCCUGAAUCGCACAUAUAAAUUUGAAGCCACACCGUUGUGCUGAUUUAAGACAUUUUCAGCAAUAUUUUUGUUUUACAGUGUAAGUAACUGAUAGUGUUUUACAGCAGUUGUAUUUAUUCUGAAGGUAGUUUGAAAGCUUUCAUGAAUUUUCCACUGUUUAGUCGUAGAUCUGUUCUACAUACUGUACACACACACUCGCUAGUUCCUGCAAUAUACUGUUCUCAAUAAAUGUCUAUGUUUAAGUGUCUCUCGUUGCUCAGUCUGUGAAGUGUGUUCCAUAAGUCAGCAUAUGGGUGUGUAGUCGUCUUAAAGCGCUGCUUGUUUGAUGUAAGAAAGAGACUGUCUUAUUGUACGUUUGCUGUGUUGUUUCCAGUUUUGUAGUUGUUUCCACACUGUGCAUAGCCAAUAUACAGUAUGUAACAGAAUCAGGCUCAUUCUUGUCCACGACUCAGCUGCAGUAAAACAAUAAACGUCUGUGUGCUGAUCA